GAGAGGAAGAGAACUUCAGGGAUCCCGCUGGCCUGGAGGAAAACAAACCUGGGCAGUGGAAGCGCCAGCCCCUUCCAAGCCACCUCUACGAGAUCUCGGCCGACCAGAAAAUGCGCCUCGAACAAAAACUGAGCACAUGUGCCGUGUGCGGGAAGGGCUUCAGCCGCAAAUCAAACCUCCUUCGUCACCAGAGGAUCCACACGGGAGAAGAGCCCUACAAUUGCCCCGACUGCGGGAAAACGUUCCGCUGGAGCACCAGCCUCCAUGCCCACCAGAGAAUCCACACGGGCGAGAAACCUCACGAGUGCCUCAAGUGUGGCAAGAGCUUCAACCACAGCCAGAACUUCGCCCGGCACCAGAGGCUCCACCGAGGGAAAAAGCCAUACCAGUGUGUCAAGUGCGGGAAGAGCUUUCGGUGGAGCUCGAAUCUGGUUAUCCACCAGCAGAUUCACGCUGGCGAGCAGCCGUUCAAGUGCUCGGACUGUGGGAAAAGCUUCAGCUACAAAUCCAGUCUCAGCAGGCACCAGAGGAUCCAUGGGGGAGAGGACGAGAGGUACAAAUGCGCCGUCUGCCCGGCGAGCUUUGCUUUCCAGUCGAGCCUAAUGAGGCAUCAAAGUCUCCACGUGGGAGAAAAACCUCAUCAGUGCCUGGAUUGUGGGAAGAGUUUCAAUCAGCGGCAGAGCCUUCUCGCGCAUCAGAAAAUCCACACGGGCCAGAAUCGUAUCAAUGGCCAGACUGUCAGGCCAGAUGCUGUUGCAAGUGAAGUCUUAAUGGACAGCAGAGAAUCUGGGCAAGAAUGACAUGGUGGUUUAGGGUGGGUGCAUAAAACUAGGAGCCUGCACAGUCCCCCUCCAUGGUGGGCUGAACCCGACUUCUUUUUACCUGUGUUUUUUGUGAAUGCUGGAUUUCUUUCUUUUUCAUCUGUUUUGUCCCUCUUCUUGUGGUUUCAUUCCCCUUCUAAUACUUUUAUUGAAACUCCUGUAUGUAAGAUUAUGUUUUAAUAACUGUAUAGUGCCAGCGCUUGGGAUUUUUGA